CUCCCACACUAUGAGAUGAUACUUCUUCUACUGAGCUAUCCUCAAAUUUAUAAACUGCACCUGCAAGUUUCAAUGGAGAAGUUACUAGAAGAGAAUCAUUUUCUUCAAAUCUCAUCAAGUUAACGAUCUCUGGGGUGACCCAAUGGCAACAUUAUUGCAUCGUUAAGCAUCAUUUUUCUACAAAUUUUUAAGUUUUAGAUAGUAAGUAAAGCAAGUUUUCCUUUGUUUUAUGGUUGGUGGUCCCUGGGACUGCACCAGGAGCCUAUAAAAAGAAGUUGCUUCUUGAAAGUGGCUUAUGGUGUUCGACCAAAGUAGAAUAAAAAAAUUAAACCAAUCAAUAAUUAGAAGAAAAAAACAACAACAAAAGACGACAAAAUGGAAGCAAAACCAAUAGAGCUCCUUCUUGAAAGAUGUUAUGGUGGCCGACAAAACUAGAAUAAUAAUAAUAAAAAAAAACAAACUAAUAAUUGUAAUAUAAGAAUAAAAAGAAAGAAAAGAGUUACAAUUCGUUUACUGUCCAAGAAAAAGAGAAGAAGAUAUGGCGUUGACAGAGGCUGUUGUUUCGUUUGUGAUUGAAAGGCUUGCAAACUUGCUACUAAAUGAAGCUAAAUUCUUGUGUGGAGUGAAAGACCAAGUCGAAGAUGCAAAGACCAAGCUGCUGUGGAUGCGCGCUUUCCUAAAAGAUGCUGAUGCUCAUGUCAGAGAUGGUGAUGAGAGAGUGCGCCUUUGGGUUGUCCAAGUCAGCGAUACUUCUUAUGAUUUGGAGGAUGUUAUUGAAACUUAUGUCUUCAAAGUGGCUUCUAAGAAGGAAGGUAUCAUAAGUAUUGGCUGGAAUAGAGGAACUGAGCUCCAUAAAGUUGGAUCAAAGAUUGAGAAGAUCUCAUCAGAAAUUGCUUCUUUGACAUCAAAUUUACAAACAUAUGGCAUAAGAGAAUUAAGGGCCAAGGAGUUAGGUGAAACUUCAUCGAACAACAUCCAGUGGCAGAGAGAGUUGAGACGAUCUUACUCUCAUGUUGUGGAGAAUCUUGUUGUUGGAUUCGACAAAGACAUCGAAGAAUUGGUAACCCUUUUGACCUCGAAAGAGAAUGCUCACAGGCAUAGGGUAAUAUCUGUAUGUGGGAUGGGUGGUGUGGGGAAGACUACCCUUGCAAGAAGGGUUUAUAAGCAUCCUCAUGUCAGGUGUCACUUUGAUUAUUUUGCUUGGGCCUCAAUAUCUCAGCAAUGUGAUCCACGAGACAUAUGGGAAGAAAUUUUGAUAGGUUUGACUUCUCCAACCGAGAACCAAAGAAAAGCAAUCAAAAGCAUGAGGGAUAGUGAAAUAACAAAGGAGCUUUACAACCUUCAAACACAGAAGAAAUGUUUGGUACUCCUUGAUGAUAUUUGGACCACUUCAACUUGGGAUCGUCUGAAAGCUGCGUUCCCUCUAGGCGAAACUCACAGCAAGAUUUUACUCACUACUCGGGUAAAGAAUGUUGUUUUGCAUGCGGAUCAAAAUGGUUACAUCCAUGAAACUCAGUGUCUCAAUGAGAAUGACAGCUGGGAGCUGUUUCAGAACAGAUUUUCAUGUUUUGGAAGGCAUCCAACUGAUAAUGGAAGAAUGGAAGUACUAGGACGAGAGAUGCUUAGACACUGCUCUGGUUUGCCAUUAGCCAUCAUCGUGCUUAGUGGGCUUCUAUCCACAAAACACACAGUUAAUGAGUGGGAGGAGAUGAAAAGAAAUGUAACAAAGUACAUAACUAAAGGCAGAGACCAUGGUGGCUUAGAAUACGAUGGUGUUUCAUGGGUGUUAGGUUUGAGUUACGAUGAGUUGCCAUUUUACUUAAAGCCUUGUUUUUUAUACUUGGCUUGUUACCCUGAAGACACUGCAAUACAAGUAAGAGAAGUUUGCCAUAUGCUGAUUGCAGAAGGUUUUGUGUCACCAAGAGGAAGUUCAAGACGAACUUUUGAGGAUGUGGCAUAUGAUUGCUUGAGUGAGUUGGUGGAGAGGAGCAUGAUUCAUGUAGAGAAGAGGGGUUUAACUGGAAGAAUGAAAACAUUUCGCAUUCAUGAUCUCAUGCGAGAUUUGUGUCUGUCUAAAGCUCAGGACAACAAUUUUCUUCAUUUUAUUGAAUUGAAAAAUAGAGGGUUGGAAGAGUCAGUAGAAUAUGUAUCUACACAUGUAAGGAGAGUUGCCAUUUAUAUUGAUAAUGAUCAUGAUGAUCAUUUUGUUCAAUUUGUUAAGAAUACAAAUGGCCGACUUAGGUGUCUUAGUGUAGAUACAACAAGAGAGUUUUAUUCCACCAAACAAGUAUUGAGACAAGUGUUCCAGUGCUUUCUCAUGCUUCGAGUUUUAAAACUAAGUUUCCUUUCGCCUAACACCGUGGAGUUGCCUAAAGAAAUUGGUAAGCUUCUUCACUUAAGAUUGUUUAAAAUUAGUGGUGGAAAAUUGGAAAAGAUCCCAUCUUCUAUUGGCAAUUUGAAAUCACUGCAGACUUUAAAGUUAGAUAGUGCUGCAGCCAUGAAUAUGAAAGUACCAAAUGUAAUGUGGAAGUUGGAACAAUUGAGGCAUUUAUGCUUGCCUACUCCUUAUGGAGUAGAACUUGGUACAUGGUUGAGGUUACCUUAUCCUAGUAAUUUACAGACAUUGACAGGUGUUCUAACUAAGUACCUUGACAGGAAUGAUUUUCUGCAUUUGGUGAAUCUCAGGAAGUUAAAGAUUGAUGUGGAAAGAAACUUGGGGAGAAUUUACCACCAUUCCUCAACUGCCAAGUUCAAUCGUCUUCAGAAUUUACAAGUAGUUAGUAGGGAAUACAACAUAAGAGUAGAUAUUGUUCCUAUGAUAUUAAGUUACCCUGAAAUUUACAAGCUUAAACUGUGGUUGCGUAUAGUAAACUUACCAGAAGACAACCAAUUCUCCCCAAACCUUAUCAAGAUAGAGUUGCGUAGAUGUUGUCUUAGGGAUGAUCCAAUGCCAACCUUAGAAAAGCUACCAAAUUUAAGAGUACUUUUCUUUUAUUAUGGUAGCUUUGAGGGGAAUGAGAUGGUGUGCUCAGAAGGAGGUUUUCCUCAACUUGAAUCUCUUCAGUUUAAAGGUCUUUCUGCUUUAAAAGAGUGGAAGGUGGAGGAAGGAGCCUUGUCUCGUCUUCGCUUUUUGUGGAUUAAUCAUUGCCCGAGAUUGAGGAGAGUUCCGGAUGGAUUAAGAUACAUGACUAUGCUUCAGGAAUUGAAGAUUCAAAGCAUGCCUAGGAUAUUCAAAGAAAGGGUGAAGGAAGGAGGAGAGGAUUUCUACAAAGUCGAGCAUGUUCCAUCACGUGUAUUUCUCUAGUGAUGAUUAAGCUGCAAUGGCACUGCCUCCUCUAUCCAUUUGAGGGGAUUUAGGAGUCUGCAAAUCUUUCAUCCAAAUGGGACCUCAGGGAGCUCUUGGUGCAACAGAGCUGCUAUGGCCUUUCUCAGAGAUAUACAUGCUUUAGUUAUGUGUGUUCUGUGGGACUGUCAUAUCAUAUUGAACAUAAUAUAUAUAUAUAUAUAUAGCAUACUUUAUUCAUGAGAAUGGAAAAAACAUUACAGUGUUAUUGUUCUUUAAUGCUGUGUGAUUAAACACAUGCCUAGGCCUUCUGUAUUUCUUGAUGUUGUAACUAGCACAAGAAGUGUAUAUAUGAAUAUGGUGAAAAUGGUGAUUAUCUCAUGUUCU